GGAGCUCGUUCCCUGCUGGCGGUUGGAGGCGACGAGACGGGCUCGACAUGGAAGUGAAGGAUGCCAAUUCUGCACUGCUCAGUAACUACGAGGUGUUCCAGUUGCUGACUGAUCUGAAAGAGCAACGUAAAGAAAGUGGAAAGAAUAAACACAGUUCUGGGCAACAGAACUUGAAUACUAUUACCUAUGAAACAUUAAAAUACAUAUCAAAAACACCAUGCAGGCACCAGAGUCCUGAGAUUGUUAGAGAAUUUCUCACAGCAAUGAAAAGCCACAAAUUGACCAAAGCUGAGAAGCUUCAGCUGCUGAAUCAUAGGCCUAUGACUGCUGUUGAGAUCCAGCUGAUGGUGGAAGAGAGUGAAGAACGGCUCACGGAAGAGCAGAUCGAAGCACUCCUCCACACCGUCACAAGCAUUCUGCCUGCAGGGCCAGAGGCUGAGCAGAAGAAAAAUACCAACGAUGACGUGACAAUGGAUGAAGAGGACCCAGCAUAGAAGAACACAGCUAGCCCAAGUGUCUCAUGAAGUUGAAAGGCCUAGCAGUCAUUUCCCGGAUGUUCAGAGGAUUGUUUAUUUGGUUUUACCCUCUACCCCAACAGGCCUGAUUUCAUGGUUUAGUUGGGUAAAUCUCAAAUAUAAGUUAAAAAGAAAUUCUUGUGUCUCUGGGACAAGAAACAUGGGUGAAGAUAGGCUGAGGUUGUCGGGGCAGAAAGAGAAGAGGACAGAGUCGAAGAGGACAGUGACUGUGGAACCUCUGUGGUAAAAUGUUUCUUCUAUGGCCUUUGCCACAGUUGUGGGAAGGUCCCUGUACACAGCUAGUAGAAUACUUGUGUUGUCUUUGAUGGGCUGUGUCCUAAUUAGUUUCAUCUGCUUCCCUAGGAACUUCCCAAGCCGGGGCACAGAGUGCUACUGGGGUGAGAGCUGAGUUAUGAGAAUUUGGUUAGACAUCUAAAACCGCCCAGAGCAGCAGAUCGUUGCUUUAGGUUAAAAUGAGCCACCGAACUUGGCUCACCUUACAGGAAUCUUUUCCUUGAGAACAGCAGAGAUAAGAGCCCGGCCAUCAGGUCUGAAGGCCCCUUUCUUCUGUUGACAUGGGCUUUGUGUACCAGCUCACUAUUUAGUCAUAAAGGUUAGGGUACCAGCUCAUUCCAGUUGAAAAGAGACUCCAGAAUGAAUGACAGUGGCAACAAAAAUACAGUGUUGGCUGCCCUUUGGACCAUCUUCAGUUCCUGACCUGAGACAGGAGCCCUGGGUAGGCACCUUCUGUUGAGGCCAGGUCGUUUGCACAAUGGGCAAAUGGUUUGCAUUUUGAAAAGGCACAAAUACGUAGCUCUUUUCAGGGACAGCAUAUGAAGAACUAGAGGUUGGUUAAUAAGAAUUUGAAUUUGUUGGCUGUUGCAGGGUUGCAUCAGUUUUUGAAUUUAAAAUAUUAGGAUAAUUACCAUGUGAAGAACUUGUAAUAUUCAGGCUUUGGAGAGUUUAGUAGCUCCAGACAUGUGGUUGCCUUAGGUCCUAGGAAUACUGCUAAAAAUUAAUUUCCCACAUUUGCUCUCUACCCUAUUUGGGGAAGAAAAUGCCCAUAGACAUUAAUUUUCCAAAUUGGUACUCAUUUUGUUGUAAGAUUACAUAGUUUCCGUGUUGCUGUUAAUUGGAUUACUUUCUACCCCCUUGCAAUUCCCAGGUUAUUUCAGCCUCCCUACCACCCCUGCCAGUUGCAAUUAUGUCAAUCCUAACCUUAUUAUCUAAGGAUCAACUGAGAUCUGCUUAUAGGCAACAUUGAAAUUAACAAGGCAUUUAUAUUUAAGUCUCUCUUGAGUACUGGGAAUUUUACAAGGAGCUGUUGAUUUAUUUGUCAAGGCAUAUAUGUGCUUAUGUCAUUGUUGUUUCAUUUUAACCUUGAAUGUGUUAGAUGCUUUUUCUUGAUGGAUAUAGAGCUUAAUCUAGUUAAUAAUAAAUUGUUUCCAGGUGACUGCCAA